AUGACACCUGAUGAGUUUGAAAAUAGGUGGGCAGAGAUGGUAUUGAAGUACAAUGUCAGUGACAAUAAACAUUUGCAAGAUCUUUAUGACAUCAGAGCAUCUUUUGUGCUUGCAUACUUCAAGAACAGGUUUUUCCCAUUCCUACAAACUACAGCGCGCAGCGAGGACUUUAAUGCGGUGCUAAAAAGGUAUGUCAGCCCGCACAACAGUCUGUUCCACUUUUUUGAGCAGUACAUGAAGCUUCAGGAGAGCAUUGAUCUGGCAGUAGAUUCAAAUGAAUUCAAGGAUGAGGACAAGAUCCUAAGGAUGUGGGGAGAAUGGCCUAUAGAAGAGCACGCCUUUAAUGUGUACACGAUGCCUAUAUACUUGCGUUUCCGGGCUGAGAUUCGCAAAGUAACAUGUUAUAAUGUAAACCUUUUAGAUGGGCAACAGUUCAAUGUUGUGCCAGUUACAGGCUAUGUUUAUGGAUAUGGGAAAAGAAGCUACAGAGUGGAAGCAAACUUGAGUGAAGGCAUUUACAAUUGUGAUGUUCAAGAAAUUCCAGACCACUACAUCAUACCUAGAUGGAGAAUACCCCCAGAUGAUAUUGUGCCAGAGAAGGUGGAGUUGCCUCAUGUUCCAGUUGACAAAAAGUUGACGAAUAAAGAACGCAAACUUCUGCGAAAAAGCUACAGCUUAGCUGAUAAGUACAUGCGUGAGUUGGGUAAAGAAUUGUCUGCAAUAAAAAUUAGUGCAGCCUCCAAGAGAAAUGAAAAGAGAAAACAAACUAAAAAGCAAGGGGAGCCGUCGGGUGCUGAAAAUGUAGGUGAUGAUGGCCAAGGGAGCAACACCCAGUACCAACAUGUAAGGGAUCCUAUUAUGACUACCACUAAAGGGCGUCCUGAAGAAAAACGGAAGAAGUCAGGGCUGCAUCUAAAGGCUUCAAAACCUGUCGAAUGCAAAGCUUGUGGUUCUGCACAACACAGUACUGCUGAAUGCCCAUCAAAGAUCAGUACUGUUCCGGAACAAAAAGAGAUCAACUUCUUCCGCGAUAUGAUAUAG